AUGGCUGAGCCUACGCUUGGAACUCUAAAUUAUGGUCACCCAGGAGCCGCAUUUUACGACCUCGAUAACGGCCAAUGGUCGUUCACCAGACAGCAUGUUGCCCGAAGACUGAAACAGAUCCGGCCAUGGAAGAACGCCGCAUCAUUGGAAUCCACCUUGGCUGUACCCGCCUCCACCCAAUUCCCUGUUGUGAUCGCUCAGGCGCAUCGCACAAGCACGCAGAAAGUCUUUAGAAGACUUGUACAUGAGCGUCCACAACUCGCCCCUUCCUCUAAAAUAGUCCCGGAGUUGGCGCUUACAUCUGCUGUCAUCGAAAAGACUGCGGCAACCUAUGAUCCCCUUGUUGGCAAUCUGUUCUCAUUUGGAUCAACGACUGCACGAGAUCUUCAUGAUGGCCCAAGACGAAUCGCCGCAAUGCCUGCAGGGGAAGCCGGCAACAUUCUUCGAUUGAUCACCACUAAUUGUGUGGAAAGAUUAAGUUGGAACUCGGAUAAGGGCGUAUGCGUGGAAGGAACGACUUUGAGGUCUGCAAACUAUGGAUACUGGAACGAAAACGCUGCACCUAUACAACAAGUGUGUUUUGCACAAUCCGAGGAUAAGAACACUCUUCUCGCCGUUCGCCUCCCUACAAAGACUGUUCUUCUUCGAACUACCUAUCAUCACCGCCCACGGGCCUCAAAUCGCUCUCGGUUUUUUCGUUUACCCGCAUCCACAAUCAAAGCACAGUCAAUACUCAGCCUGGACAUGAAUGAGACUGGGGGUACUCCCCAUGUUCAUAUUGCAUUCAACCCGGACUACCAGUAUCAAUUCGGUAUUGUUGAUCAGAAAUGCACUUGGAGUGUUUGGGAUAUCGAGCAUGGGCGCAAAGGGGAUGUAUACUCCAUGACCCGUCUAGUCAAAGGAUCCAUAUUCCCACCAGACGUCGAUGAACCGGCCGGAGAGGACGGAUGGGCAAGAAUACUUUGGGUCGGCGACAUUAACACACUGGUCGUCUGCUGUCGAAGGCAGAUGAGUGUCGUUACUAGGAAAGGUGAUACUUUCGCAUAUUUGACGUGUCCGAGUCCAUUCGCAAAGCGAUCGCUUGACUGGAUUUUAGAUGUGCAGCAACAUCCCAAAUUCAAAAGCCGCUUUUUCGUUCUCACAUCUACGUCACUCAUUCUGAUGGCUGUCACAACAUCUAGUGAAGCCCUCAACGCCACUGUGGGCCGAGCAGGAGCCUAUGUUUUGGCAUCUUGGAAGCAUUAUCGUGGUACAGAAGACUUCACGCUCCAUCUCUGCGUGCAGAGGCCCUUAGAUGAUGAAUUAAAGGUGGUCCUAUAUUCUCGCCUGAACCAUUUGGUCCAAGUCUACAGCUUCACUGACCGCUUAUCGAACGCAGCCGCUAGGCUGAUGAUAUCCGACCCUGUCCCCCUGGACCUGGUAGUCGAUUCUGCUGGAAACAUAGCCCAACUACACAUUGAGCCAAUGCAAUACGGUGAGGUCAUGGAGAACAACUUGUCCCCUGGACUAUUCCAGUUCCCAAUGAAGGGUGAUGUCCGGUUUUACCGGAUCAUAGUAGUUCAAACGGACUUCAGCAUCCAUGAAUUAGUUGUGUGUGCAUUUGAUCGUACGCUUCAACUUGAAUCUACCUUCAAAUCUGAUGUUCCAGUCUUUACAAAAAUCCUUUCGAAACAUAGGAGCCGAAACGCAAAGGAGGAUAUUGAAGAGGGUGACGACUUUAUAGUACCUGAUGAUCUUGAACCUCUAGAAGUCCCAACUACCAUGACUCCGUCACAAACCCCGCGCUGGACACAGAACUGGAGUCGCAGCUCUACACGCAGCGGGCUCGAUUAUGGAUUGUUGUACGACGCUCUUAAUCGGACAGACGACGUUCAGGGAGUAUCGGUGGACAUUGCGACAGUGACAAAUCGAUUUAAACAGGUAUUGACGGCUGUUCAGGAUGCCACGCGCACUCCAGUCGGUACACUGAUGGAUGCUGUUGGCUCGAAGCUAGAUGUCCCGGAUGUUGACGAAGCAUCAUCGAUGUUGCAGGAACUGUUGCAGCGACAGACCGGUAACGCCGGUGACGAUGCGGCUGUUAUACGUCAUAUCGCCUCUGCACGGAUACUCAAUCUAUGUGAGAAUGAAGAUCCGACAAUUGCAGACAUCUAUGACAAAAUCCUAGAAAACUGGGUGGCGCCACUGCCGCGGGACAUACCAGUUCAUAUAAGAAGAAGAAAAGAACGUCUCGCUAGACUUAUAGCUGUGGAAGUCAUGUUGGCCAGUCAACGUGUCUAUCAUGAGAAGCUGCCACCAACAGUGAUCGCAUCAGAAGGGGGCACCAGUCAAGACGGUGGCGUCACCCUACCCAUUCUAACAUUGAAGCCUGUGGACAGCUCUCAGUCACUACCGACCCCACCGCACUCUUCCAUACCUUCUUCCUCAAUGCCGCCCUCAUCUCCACCGAUGCCUUUCAUUCCACCCGCACCUUCAGACACUAUCGCACGCCUCAGCAGACACCUCCGGAUGCGAGAUAUUACACCCACAUCCACAGUCAUCCCGCCCAAUGUUCACAGACUACUUGGACAUUGGAGUAUGGGCAUCGAUCCUCACACGUAUGAUUGGUCUGCAAUGGAAGAUACUUUACGAGAGGAAACUCUUGAUGAAACUAGUCAGAAGCAGCGCCAAAAAGACCGGAAGAAGCAAGAGCGUAGAGAGAAGCGACAAGAACGUGAGAAUGAGCUGAUGAAAUCAAAGGCCGGUGGCCAGCCUUUGGCCUUCCCACAGAGCUCACAGGGUCCGACACUUCCGGGUUUUGGAAGUAGCAGCCAGAUGCCCAGUCAAUCUUACACGCAAGUGACACUUCCUGGUCGCGGAUUUAGAGGACCAGGAAAUACAGACAUUUUGGCGCCUAUGAGCCAAGUCGAGCCGGGCCGAUUUGGGGGGAGACCGGAUCUGAAGAAGAAGAAGAAGAAGAAAGGAAGAGGCUGCCAAGGCGAGAGCUCCAUGGAGCUCCUCUUCUCCGAGCGGGGCUGGAGGGCCAACUCGACUAGGUUCACAAUGCCAGACGGAUUCCCUUCCCUCCAGCCCGCCUUCACGGUGCGCGUCGAUAUCGAUACAGCGAUACCAGUAGGCGGUCAAUCAGGUACUAAUCUCAUCAUCGUGCCUAUGGUCAGCGGAACUGUGAAGAGCGAGCCUGGGUUCGAGCCAGCACUUGAUGCCGAGCUACAUGGCGUGGGAUACGACUACAUUCACAACGACGCAUCGAACGAAAAUAUGCGCCUAGAUGUGCGCUCCCAGCUCAAGAACUCUGAUGGCACCAUCCUGGCCAUGUUCUACAAAGGCACUGUUACUCUCACCCCAGCUGUCCAAGCUCUUCUGGGCAAGGCGCCAGAUGCCAAGACGACGGAUUAUGGGGACAGCUUUGUCACCUUUACAUUCGAGACGGGGAGUGAAAAGUACAAGGAUCUGCAGAAUGGGACGUAUGUGGCUUCUGGGCACUUCAUCAAGGAGCCGGGUGUCAAGGGUGUGAUUGUUGAAUACAAGGUUAGUAAGGUGGUUGUCUGA